AUGAUCUUAGUACAUGUUUACAAAAAAAAGGAGCGAGACAUUGCAAAUGCCAUGCUACUUGUUAAAGUGGCCAAGAGAAGGCUGCAAGAGUUGAGGGAAAAUGAAAGAUGGGAUUUAUUUGUUGUUGAGGUUUCUGCAUUUUGUAUCAAGUAUAAUAUUGUGGUGCCUAAUUUUGAUGAGCCGUAUGUUACUUCUGAAAGAUCACGGUGUAAAUCUGCUGAUUAUACUGUUUUUCAUCAUUAUCGUGUUGAAGUAUUUUGUAAAAUAAUUGAUUGGCAAUUGCAAGAACUCAAUGAUCAUUUUGAUGAGGUAACAACCGAGUUUCUUUAUGGAGUUGCUUGUUUGAAUCCGGUAAACUCAUUUUCAAGUUUUGAUAUCCAGAAAAUAAUGAGAAUGGCUGAAUUAUAUCCUGAUGACUUUGAUGAACUUAGCAUGUGUGCACUUGAGAAUCAACUAGAAAAUUACAUUAUUGAUGUCCGUGAUAUCGAUAAAAGGUUCUCUGAUUUACAUGGGAUUUGUGAUCUUUCAAAAAGAUUGGUUCAGACAAAAAAACAUUCAUGUUAUCCUCUUAUAUUUGGUUUGGUGAAAUUCGCUUUGCUUCUACCAGUUGCCACUGCAUCCGUUGAAAGAGCUUUUUCGGGAAUGAAAUUUAUUAAGAAUGAGUUGCGAAGUCGAAUGAAUGAUGACUUUUUCAGCGGUUGCAUGGUUCCUUUUAUGGAGAAGGAUAUGUUUAAGGAUGUUUCAAUGGAUGAUAUUAUUUUGUCUUUUCAAGCAAUGAAACCUCGUUGA